AUGACAACAAAUGAUCCACCAUUGCAAGUGGAAAAAUGUGGAUCAUCUCUUCUUCUUCAUCAGCUUCAUGUAGGUUUUCUCAAUUUAUGGCCUCCACCCUUUUCUUCUUCUCUAUAUAGAUUUUCUUAUGAUUCGGGUCUUGUUUUCGUCCAUGAUGAUCAGCUUAUAUGGGACGAAGUUGGAGAAUCCGACACUUACAAAGACAAAAUCAUGUUUGAGAUCGAACAAGAAUGCUUAGAAAUCUACACAAGAAUGAUAGAGCAGGCCAACUCCCGCAGAGCCCAACUCUGCCAAACAAUUUUCGAUUCUAAUGCCCAGCUUGCAACUAUAUACUCCGCAUUGGGAGAAGAAACUCCCACCAAGCAGUCUGAUUGUAGCUACGAGAAUUUGAAUAAGCAACUCGACGCUAAUUUCCGCGAGCUCGAGGAAAUGAAGAAGAUGAUGAACGAUAGGAGGGAUAUGUUUAUAGAAGUUCUGACCGACAUACAACAUAUUUCAAAUGAGCUGCAUGCUUCUUCUGAUUCUUCUUCUCCCACUUCUCAUCCAGAUGUGGAUGAAAACGACUUAUCAUUAAGGCGGCUCGAAGAACUUCAAAGAGAGCUCAUGACACUCUUAAAGGAAAAGAGCGAUCGCAUAGGAGAUAUCAACAACCAGCUAAAUACCCUAAAAGCCCUAUGUUCAGUGCUUGGCAUGGAUUUUGCAACAACUGCUAAUGAGGUUCACAGUAGUUUAACCGAAGAGAAAGGGACAAAGAAUGUAAAUGACAGUACCAUGCAAAAGUUAGAAACUACGUUACACACACUGCGAGAGGUUAAACUAGAAAGGAUACAAAGGAUACAAGAUCUUGCGACUUUCAUGUUCGAGCUAUGGAAUCUGAUGGAUACCCCAGUUGAAGAACAACAAAUGUUCCAAAACGUAACAUGUAACAUAGCUGCUUCAGAAAACGAGAUAACCGAUCCUAACAUGCUUUCUUUGGAGUCCAUCAGCCGUAUUGAGGCAGAAGUCUUGCGGUUGGAGGAGUUGAAAGCAAGUAGAAUGAACAAUCUUGUUUUGAAGAAGAAAACCGAACUUGAGGAUAUUUGUAUGAAGACUCAUGUCCUCCCAGAAUAUGAUAGCGAAAUGGAACUUGCCAUCGAAACUAUGGAGAAAUGUGGAUCUUUGUUGGGUUCUUGA